GCAUUGCAGUUAUGAGCAGCGAAAGUAAAUCGUGUGAUUUAAAAGUAAAACAACGUCCUACACAGCGUGGCCUUAGAAAAUGUGCUGAUUGUGGUGCCAUUAACGGCAAUCGAGCGCUUCUCUGUCGAAACACCGAUUGUCCGAGAAAUAAGAACGCUUUGGAUGGUGUGCAGCUUAUGUGUCAACGCGCCGGGCGUACUGUUUACUCAUUGCGUACGAAGGAACGGGAUCGAGAGGUGCAUCCACGAAACUUUGUGUUUAUUGAAGAUGUUACUUUGUCCUUGCAACCUAAUGCAGCUGUGGUUGCAAGCAAAGCCAUCUGCCAUGUGGAUUCGUGUAAAAAGGCCAGCGAUUGUCAGCAUAUCAAAGCCUGUCGUGAGGCUAGUGACCAAAUGCCUAAGGCUCAGGUUUUUAAUGUGUCUCGAGAGGUACUCUGGAACUUGAACAUAAGCCAGGAGCAAAAGCUACAGCUGUGGCAGCUAUACAAGCAGAACGAAGAGCAGGAGCAACUGCCGUCGGUACAGCGCUUAAAUGCCACCACUUUUGCCGUCAAAUGCGAACGCUCUGAUACGUUUCCCGCUGGACGUUUGCAUGUGACAGCACUCGCUAAUGGCUUGUCCACAAAAAAAAGGCCAUUUGCGUGUGCAUGUCGAAAGUUAAAGAUUAUACUGGAACCGGACAAUUCGCUAGUUAUGCAAGACGAAAUCUGCGACCAUUUGCUGCUUGUGCUGGCAGGCUUACUCAGCUCCCCGCAAGGCAAAACGGUUUAUGGAAAUUUUACAAAAAGUUUACAAUCUUUCUGGAUGCCCGACAAACUGGAGACGCCACUCUGCGAGGUGGCACACGAUGACUUAUGCCUGAGUUUGAACAUUAAUAUAGGCGGUGAUGUGGAUCAGAAUGAAGACAUUUUCAUUUUCGAUAAUGAGCACUGUGAUGAUUUGUUGUCCAUGCCGGAUGCACUUUCGGAUGUCAUAUAUAACGUUGAGCCAGCACCUGUGCAAGCAAACGGCACCAGCGGCAAUGCGGUGGUCCACUAUGCCAACGAUGCACAAUUGUUAUCCAAUUAUGAUAUAUAUGGAGAGCAACAAGACCAGCAUCUCGAGUUGACAGACUGCAAUAUUGAACUCAUGGACCAAUGCCAGUUGACAAAUCAAAUCGAUUUGUCUAGCGACGAUUUGGAGCUCCCGCUAGUCAGCGAACCUUACAAUAUAUUGGCGCCACCUGCAAUAUUUGCUAAAACUACAGCAACAACGGCUAGCAAUCAGUUACCACCUAUAGAGCUGCCCACAAUAGCAGUAGUAAAGAAGCCAGCUAUUAAGGCAAGCGAAAUUGUGGACGAGGUGAAGGCGCGCAAACAGCCACCUUUGCCGGCCAAGCGUGCACUAAUUGUAAAUGAUCCCAUAGUUGCUGCUAAUGCGAUUGAAACUGUAGAUGAAGCAGUGCAGCCUGCUUUGGCUUACAGUUGCUGGCUGGAUCAUGUAAUAGAGCUGCUGAAUGAGAGCAUUGUUCCAUUGCUGGCUCAGGCUUUAAGCACACACUUGGUCCAGCAGAGUUUUUACGUACACAAGGAAACUUUUUCGCACUUUUGCAAGAGCUUCAGUGCUGGCAUUAAGAGGCGUCCCUUGCAUCAGCUUGUGCAGAUUGAAUCUGGAAAAUAUAAGGGUUUAACUAAGUAUGUCUGGCACUUCAGCGCGUCGCAUACAGUCAAGCGAAUUUUUAGCACUAACAAUAUUUCACUGCAAUUGGAACGAGCCUUUGAGCAACAGACUGAAGGUCAGUUUACGCCUUAUGUUCGGCAGUAUGUUCCAUCAAAGCCCACACAACCUAAACAACGUAUUGUGCAUACAAAACUGGAGCUCUAUAUGGUUAAAAUGCUCUUCGAUAUCAAUCAACAGUUGUCUGCUCAAAAUGUAACAUCUACGAAACCUGGUUUGCUGUUAUCCUGGACACCAGAUGUGUUAAAACGCAGCAAUUUCGGUCUUAUGAUGAUUGAAUUUACUUUGCAGACAUGCGCACCGCCUUGAAUAGUAAAUUCAUUUCAAUUAGGAUAGGUAAUCAGGUCACAACCAAAUCGCUGUGAAACACUUUAAUUUAAAACUCAGAAAACAAAUUAAAAAAUUUAAAAAUCUUCAAA